UGUUCCUCUUUUGAACGUGGAUUCUCUUGUUGGUAUUUUUUUUGCAAUUUAGUUUUUGAUUUUAGCGGGGUUCUUGCUUGGUUGCACCUCCCUGCAUUAAAACUGCGGGAUCCAGUCUCCAGACACAGGGGAAGAAACAUGUCAAACUAGUAUAUUACUAUAUUUAUGAGGCGACCUUGUGCUUCACAGCUUCAGCCUUUUACCAUAAGUCAGUUUUCUCUCCCUCCUUCCCCUCUCCUUGUUUUGGUAAAUGGCAAUGGCGUCGACCAAGAUGAAGAAGAGGCCCAGGCUGCUACCCCCUUCUUCCUCUACCUCCUCCCUCUCUUCUUCUUCUUCCUCGUCCACUGUAACAGCUGCUGCUGCUGCAGCUUCUUCUUCUUCUUCGCCUUGCUCUCCUUCUUCUUCUUGUUGCUCUUCUUCGUCCCCGUGCUUCUCCUGUGGCACUACAGCCAUCAAUCUUGAUAAUACCCAUGAAUCGAGAUUGGAAUUGGAAGCCCAGAAGCAGCAGCAGCAGCAGCAGGAAUUAGUACCCAAAUCCAGACGCCGGAGAAGGACCCGUUCCAGUAGUAAAGCCGAUGAUCGUCAAAUUAAGAAGGAAAGUAACGAUGACGACAAGAGAGGAACCCUUCCCCUGCCACCUCCUCAUCCCCCAGGGAGGAGAAGCUCUGUUUUCAGGGGAGUCACCAGGCAUAGAUGGACGGGGAGAUUCGAGGCGCAUCUAUGGGAUAAGAGCUCAUGGAACAACAAGCACAGCAAGAAAGGACGCCAAGCGACGGCAGGGGCGUACGACGACGAGGAGGCGGCUGCCCGGACCUACGAUCUGGCGGCGUUGAAGUACUGGGGUCCGGCGACCACCCUGAAUUUCCCGGCGGAAGGGUAUUACUCGAAGGAGGUGGAGGAGAUGGAGAAGGUGAGCAGGGAAGAGUACCUGGCGUCGCUCCGGCGCCGGAGCUCCGGCUUCUCGAGAGGCGUUUCGAAGUACCGGGGAGUGGCGCGGCACCACCACAACGGCCGGUGGGAAGCGCGGAUCGGGCGGGUUUUGGGGAACAAGUACCUCUACCUCGGCACUUUCGACACUCAGGAAGAAGCUGCAGAGGCGUACGACUUGGCGGCACUCGAAUACAGAGGAGCCAACGCCGUCACCAACUUCGACGCCGCCAUUUACCUCGACCGCCUCAGGUCCAAGGGACUCAACGUCGACCAAUUCAUCCAUCCAUCUCCAUCUCCAUCUCCAUCUGCAGCGGCAGGGUCAGAGGCACCCGCAGCCGGAGAAGUACAACCAUCCCCUGCUUCUUCAUCCCCACUACCUCCCCUGCCGCCGCCGGAGAUGCUCCCGUCGUGUGCCGCCACCGCGGGCAACGACGACGACAGCAUGAUAGCGAUAGAGGAGCUUCCGGAUUUGGAUCGCUGCGACGUGCUGCUGAGCGGAUGGAGCUUGACGGCCGGGUGUGCAGGGUUGCUGCCGGAGUUGUUUGACGACGGGGGAGGGUUCCGGUUGGAGGACAUUGAUUACUUGGUGUUCGACGGCGGAAUUUGUGGAUGACCGUGUCAGGGUCGAGUUCUUCUAGUUCUACCACCACAACGUCCUUGUUUGUACCCCCCCAUGAACCAUCCAUCCAAUUUCUCGACUUCCAGAUUUUCCACAAUAGCGCGCGAGGACUCGCAAAAAAACCCCGAGCGUGUGACCACGAGUCUCGUUCAAUUUUGAACAACCUUAAAAAACGAUGUUUGGAUCUCUGCUAACAUAGGUUUUGUUUGUAGUAUCGGUUAAAUCGUGUAUUUUUGGACAUUGUAUUUUUACAAGUGUUUGAUUGCACUGCUCUAACCC